CCCUACCUCGGUAGGUACCAGGUAGGCUUCCGUAAAUAUCACGGAUACCCAAGACCUUUAGUAGAGGUUCUAGGUAGGCAAUCUCAAAUCCACGCUCGUCAGCGUUUCGAAACCUCAGGCACUCGGCAUAUCAUUUCGGAUAGCCGCAUAUGCGCCCAGGAUAGUAUCGGUCUCGGUCUCAUAAAUCUGUAUGACACUACCUAGGUAAGGCUUGGUAUUACUCACUUACCACCCUACCACCUCAGCAUUGGGUCUUUUCGAUAGCGAAACACUUUCUAGUCCUGUCUUUGUAUCAGUUUAUACACCAACCGAUACCUACUAUCCAUUAUGUUCGGAAAUCGCGGAAAUCGUGCGACUAGUCAAAUAUCUAAGUUCUCCCAUCUGUUACACUUUAUUCAAGGGGCCGACGAUAAUGGCGAUAAUCAGCAAGAAGAGGCGUUUGCAAACACUCCAAUUUUUACCCCCGCCGUGGAAAACUUUGUGCUUUCGACUUACAAAGUUCCAUCAGCAUACUUAACUGCUUCUACCUCAACCCACACUGCUUUAACGCCCUUAUCUAAUAACCAGGUCUCAGAACUCGUUCCUCAGUAUGGCCUUAUUGGUAUUAGACAAGAUUCUGCAGACGUAUCCGUCCCGGUAGAGGAUCGCUUGGUUCUAGCAAACAUGAACGUUCCAUGGUCGGCCUUUAUUUGCGGAUCCCAAGGUGCUGGAAAGAGUCACACGUUGUCUUGUCUAUUGGAGAAUGCACUUAUUCCAGAUAACUCAGCUGGCCAUCUUCCUUACCCCUUAGCCGGGAUGGUCAUGCAUUACGAUAAAUACACCAGCCACACGUCAACCCAGGUGUGCGAGGCAGCGUAUCUAUGCUCUUCGGGGAUCCCUGUGAAGGUGCUCGUGUCUCCUUCUAAUAUUUGGGCCAUGCAGAAUUUGUAUGGCAACCUCCCCGGGAUGAACGUCAAGGUUCUACCGCUAUAUCUAAACGAGGACCAACUUGACAUUUCAAGAAUGUUAAAGCUGAUGGCCAUAGACCCAGCAGCCAAAGACACACCAUUAUACAUGGAGGUGGUGAUGAACAUUGCCCGCGAAAUGGCAAUGGAAGGUCCGGGUGUUUUUACCUACUCGGGGUUCUGCGACCGUCUCUCCAAGGUAAAAUGGGUCAAAGGUCAGGAGACGCCCUUAAAGCUGCGUCUACAGCUUCUCGAUACCUUUAUAGCACCAUCUUCGACGACUACGGGCAAGAAGCCGGCUCGCGCCCAAGAGGAUAUCUGGGCGUUCGAACCAGGGUCGCUAACUAUCGUUGACCUGAGCGACCCAUUCUUUAGUUCUAACGACGCCUGCGCUCUAUUUUCCAUCUGUCUCUCGAUAUUUCUUGAAGAGAGGAACAAAUGCGGACGUAUAGUGGUGUUAGAUGAAGCACAUAAGUUCCUGAACCAAGGCGGCGAGGCCAGGAUCCUCACAGGAGAUUUACUUUCUAUAAUCCGACAACAAAGGCAUACAGGCACACGAGUGCUCGUGGCAACCCAAGAGCCCACGCUCUCCCCAGAGCUAAUAGAUUUAUCCAAUGUAACAUUUGUUCAUCGAUUUCUCUCGCCGAGUUGGUACGAAACGCUGAAAAAGCACCUUGCCGGUGCGCAGGAGAAAAGCUCGGACGAUGCAAAGCCACUUUUCGAUAUAAUUGUUGCCUUGCGGACGGGGGAAGCGUUGCUAUUCUGUCCGACAGCGCAGAUGGAUAUUGAGGAGAACACAAGCGCGCGCAAGCGGGUGAAGCCACUAGGUAAUGGCUAUGCGAAAGUUAAAAUUCGCAAGCGUUUGACCGCGGACGGUGGUAAAAGCAUUGUGGCCACUAAUGCUGCUACUGAUGCUUUGACCCAAGCGUUCUAACGUACCAAAAUCGAUAAUGUGUUGAUGAUUGGCACCGCUCCUAAAGUGGAAAUUGAAAAGAAAAAGCUUGAGAAGCACAUCGAGACCCUGGGUGUCACGUAAUUAUGAUAGUACGAUAGUAUUGUGAUCAUUCUUAUAUUGUCUAAGAUGGGUAACUAAGAUAUGGGAGAUGGGAAUGUAUAAAGUGG